GUGUGUAUCUGGCAUUUUUACUGUAUCUCGUGGAUCUCCUGUGAUGGCCUUGAGGUGUACUUGCUCGUAGGGACUGAUGGGAGUUGUAGUUGCUUCAGUACUUCUAUGCUGAGGGACUCAUGUGUGUACAAGAGACAAGUCCUCUGUCUGCUGUUAGCACAGAAGCAGGGACAUGAAAUAAUACCAAGUAAAGAAGAAGAAAUACGUAAUAUCUUUUCUCAAAUCCUACAUGCUGCGACUUCACUAUCCUAA